UGACGUUUCGGAAUGUUGUUUCUGUCGGCUGCUUUCGCUUCGAACGAGUGAAGAUGGCGGACUCGGUAGCGGCUGGCGUAGGGGAGGAAAAAGAAACCGAGAAUGAGGACAAGGAGAGGGAGAAAAGGGCUUCAAAUAACAGCAGACGUUCUGAAAAGAGCAGUGGUCCUUCGGAGGUGACAGAGACUCUGGGAUUUUACGAGAGAAAUGUAAACAAGAAGGACAGGAGGCGUAAUCUCUCUGAUCUUUCCCUGGUGCGUUUCAUCCGGGCUGAGCUGACCAGGGGCUACUUUCUGGAACACAAUGAAGCCAAAUACACGGAGCGCAGGGAGAGGGUCUACACCUGCUUACGCAUCCCUAAAGAGCUGGAAAAGCUGAUGACGUUUGGCUUCUUCCUGUGUCUGGAUGCCUUCCUUUAUGUCUUCACUCUGCUUCCUCUGAGAGUGCUGCUGGCCCUCAUCAAGCUGAUCACACUGCCCUGCUGUGGACUCAGUGGGUCGCGUAUCCUGCAGCCUGCUCAGGUGUGUGACGUGUUGAAGGGCGUGAUCAUGGUGCUGUGCUACUCCAUGAUGCACUACGUGGACUACUCCAUGAUGUACCACAUGAUCCGGGGCCAGUCCGUCAUCAAGCUCUACAUCAUCUACAACAUGCUGGAGGUGGCCGAUCGCCUGUUCUCAUCCUUCGGUCAGGACAUUCUAGACGCCCUGUACUGGACGGCCACAGAGCCUAAGGAGAGGAAGAGGGCGCACAUCGGGGUCAUCCCUCACUUCCUCAUGGCUGUGCUGUAUGUGUUCCUGCAUGCCAUCCUCAUCAUGGUGCAGGCCACCACCCUCAAUGUGGCAUUCAACUCCCACAACAAGUCCCUACUCACCAUCAUGAUGUCCAACAACUUUGUGGAGAUUAAAGGGAGUGUGUUCAAGAAAUUCGAGAAGAACAACCUGUUUCAGAUGUCUAACAGCGAUAUCAAGGAAAGGUUCACCAACUAUGUCCUGUUGCUGAUUGUAUGUCUAAGGAACAUGGAACAGUUUUCCUGGAACCCAGAUCACCUGUGGGUUCUGUUCCCCGACGUCUGCAUGGUCAUUGCCUCUGAGAUGGCGGUGGAUGUGGUCAAGCAUGCUUUCAUCACCAAGUUCAAUGACAUCACAGCUGACGUCUACAGUGAAUACAGGGCCAGCCUGGCCUUUGACCUCGUCAGCAGUAGGCAGAAAAAUGCCUACACAGACUACAGUGACAGCGUGUCCAGGAGAAUGGGGUUCAUCCCUCUGCCAUUGGCAUUACUGCUCAUCCGAGUCGUGACCAGUUCAGUGAAGAUCCAGGGAGCCUUGUCGUACGUGUGCGUGCUGCUCUUCUACCUGGGCAUGAUAACUCUGAAGGUGCUGAACAGCAUCGUGCUGCUGGGGAAGUCUUGCCUGUACGUGAAGGAGGCCAACAUGGAGGAGAAGCUCUUCCAGACCCCUCCCUCAGCUGCCUCCAGCCGGACCUCCAGUAGAGCCUUCAGAGCCAAGCACAGCCAAAUCAUCACCAGCCCACCUCCACCAGGUGAGCCAGCUGACGAGGAGGUCAGCCCGUCAAUCUCCACUCAGCCUGUGCACCAGGAGGAGUGCCCCGUCCCACCACACCACCUGCCCACUAGCGAGUCAGAUCAGUUUGUGACCACGCCCGACGACACCGAGGAGAAAGACAUUGGCCAGGACGGCGUGGAGCUUAAACACCGAGCGCCCAAGAAAGACCUCUUAGAGAUCGACCGCUUCACCAUUUGUGGCAACCGCAUAGACUGAGAGAAACACAACACAACACAACACAACACGACACGACACGAGUCGCAGGCAGUGGAGACAAGCAGGCCCAGUCAUUGUGGGACGGGGGUUUUUUGGGCAGGGAGCGGAGUGGAAGCUCCUUGUGGAACUGAAGCAGACGUCCGUAUGGCUCACGACAAUGACGAGGGCUGGUCGCCAUCGCUGCCGGCCUGAACUCCCACAAUCCCCUCCCACACCCCUCCGUCCUCGAACCGAUGUGAUAUGAUGUGACGUGACGUGGCGUGACCGGGUGGAGCGGGUCUAUUUAUUUGAGACAAUGUGCAUUUUGUAAUGUAAUUUUUAAUUUAUUGCUAACUGGAAGAAAAAAAAGAGUGAGGUGAGUGAGGAGUCCCCACACCUUGAUGUCCGACAGGUGCCCACUCGACCUCCAAGCUCUCCUGCCACCCCCCACUCCCCAUUCCACUUGGCACUCUUCGCCCUCUCUCUCCUCUCUCCUACCUGGUGAACCCCGCCUGACCUGCUCUCUGGAAGCCCACUCUGCUGGCUGCUCCCCUUCCCAGGCCCUGGCAGCCGUCGACGUGCUCAGUUGCUCCAGUGGUAGUGGAGCGCGGCGGUCACGGGCGGCAGACCACACUGGCAGCGCAGCAGGCAGCAAUCCCUGCGGGGGGCAGCAAGCCCUGUGGGGGCACACACCCAUACAGUGCACUCUGAAUGAACGUGCCUGGACUGGUCUAGAGCGAUCGCAUAUACCUGUAGGAAGCACAGGGUGCAAUAUAGUUUGCAUUACAGACGCAAUGCACUCAGAUAUACAGUACGUACUACACAUGGUAGCCCGGAGACACUAACACAAACACUUUUUGUUUUAUUGGGUUUUUUUCUUUUAUACAAACACGACACGCAUACAUACUGUACACACACACACUUGCAGACACACACACACACACUUGCAGACACACACACACACAGACAAACACAGACAGACAGACACACACACACACACAAUACAACAACUACUUAACAACUUCACACACACAUGCACGCACACAAACAGCACAUACACUGCAUAUAGGCUAUGCCCAUUCACCUAAAAUCCAGAUCUUAGGUCAAACUGUGUUUUCUCUCCCCCUGCUAAGGACACUGAUAAUGAAUGAGUUACUUCAGCAGCUGGCUCUGAUCAAUGGCAGAGUACUAAUCUUAUCACGUGGGUCAAAAAUAAAACAAUCUCAGUCUUUUUAGUAAUAUUUCUUAUGUGAAGAACAGCAAUGUCAAAUAUUUAAAAGAGAAUAUCAUUUUAGAUCAAAAAAAUACCUUUUGUAAAACACAAUUGUCAGAUGCAUCUUCAGAAGACUGUUUUGAGGGGGGAAGGUCAUGCACAUUAGAGGUUAAUUGGGCCCUUAAAGGCUCACCAGCAUCACAGAUAAUGUACCAUACAAAACCCAUAACCUGACGAAACAGAUAUCAUAGUACAUAGCAGCCAGUGUUGACAUCAUAUCUCUGUUUCUUUCUUUGCUUUGGAUAUUUUCUUGCACUGAUGUACCACACUGUCUUAAAGAUAAGAUAGAUCACCCGAAUUUCAUUGCAACGUUUUGUUUUGAAUGAGAUGCUGUUGAAAUGCAAUAGCUGUCUUUACAGCAUAAGUUUGUUACAUUUCAGCUGCAGGAAAGACGAUGCUAAAUUUCACGUUGUGGUAAGCAACCCUGUGUAAGCAUUUAGAAAGAAAGCCACGAAUAGGCUUUUGUGCUUAGUAGAAACAUGUGCCAUUACAGAUGUUGAUAGUUUGGCAUAAUUGAUCUUUUGAUCUGUUGUUCAAUAGCUUUGACAUGUUCAGGUUUUAGCAGCUAGAGGAAAGCUGCAGCUAAGAUUUUGUGUUCAAUUAUAGAUUAUGUCUCUAGUUGACAUGAAUGACAUACCGGGAAAAGAGUUACUUAUGUCAAGAUAAUGCUCUUUCCAAUGCACCUUUCCAAUUUUUCUUUGCUCAACCUAACAUUCUGCAUGAAAUCAAACUACAAAAAAAUCAUAUCACUCGGCUGAUGUUGGUCAUAAUAUGUGGUUAUAUCUGCUGCCAUUUUAGGGUUUUCUCCAUCAUUUUUGUGCAAAAACACCAUUACCUUUGUAAGUGCACCAUGGGAAUGGGCAAAGAGCCUGGGGCACUUGGGUGGGUGGGAGUGAGAA